GCCAUGUCCGGCCGCGGGAAGCAGGGAGGUAAAGUCCGGGCGAAAGCGAAGUCGCGCUCGUCGCGGGCCGGGCUGCAGUUCCCGGUGGGCCGCGUCCACCGGUUGCUCCGCAAGGGCAACGAGGCGGAGCGGGUCGGGGCUGGAGCUCCCGUCUACAUGGCGGCCGUGCUGGAGUACCUGACGGCCGAGAUCCUGGAGCUGGCGGGCAACGCGGCCCGCGACAACAAGAAGACGCGCAUCAUCCCCCGCCACCUGCAGCUGGCCAUCCGCAACGACGAGGAGCUCAACAAGCUGCUGGGCAAGGUGACCAUCGCGCAGGGCGGGGUGCUGCCCAACAUCCAGGCCGUGCUGCUGCCCAAGAAGACUGAGAGCCACAAGGCUAAAAGCAAAUAAGUUCGGCGAGUAAAGCUUGGACUUUUUGCAACAUAUUAAACCCAAAGGCUCUUUUCAGAGCCACCCACACAGUCAGAAAAGAGCUGGGUCCUUUUACUUACUGAAGUGUU